UCACAAAAUUUAAAAUUUCGCUAAAAAUUUUUCAACUUUCUUCUGUUGGCAACACUGAAGUUUUGUUCUCGUUUGCGGCCAUUUGUUAUCAAAGUGGAAGAUGGGUAUCGACAUUAAUCAUAAACAUGAUCGGAAAGUCGUCCGACGUGCUCCGAAGAGUAAUGAUAUAUACCUGAGGCUUUUAGUCAAGUUGUAUCGUUUUAUGGCAAGACGAACUGGGGCAAAAUUUAAUAAGAUUAUUUUGAAGCGUUUAUUCAUGAGCAAAACUAAUCGUCCACCUAUGUCUCUUGCAAGACUGGUUCGAAUGAUGAAAAAACCUGGACGGGAAAAUAAAAUAGCUGUUGUUGUUGGCACAAUUACAGAUGAUCUUCGUAUCUUUGAAAUACCAAACUUGAAAAUCUGUGCUUUGAGAAUUACUGAGAGAGCUCGUGGUAGAAUUUUGAAAGCUGGAGGUGAAAUAAUGACUUUUGAUCAGUUAGCUCUGAAGUCACCAAAAGGAAAAGGAACUGUAUUGAUACAAGGACCAAGAAAAGCUAGAGAAGCAUGUAGACAUUUUGGUCCAGCUCCUGGAGUUCCACACAGCCACACUAAGCCCUAUGUUAGAUCAAAGGGAAGAAAAUUUGAGAGAGCUCGUGGUCGAAGGAAGAGUCGUGGUUUUAAAGUGUAAUAUUGUGCUAUUGAUGGUUGUAAAUAAACUGUCAAUUUGAAAUUUGAGUAGUAAAUAAAAUUGCUAUUACAUUA